GUCAAGUUGAAUUAAAACGAAAAGCAUCGACAAGAAAGAAUUCUUUUAAGAUAAAACAAAGAAAAAAUGGCAUUUAAAUUCGUGAUCCUGUGCGCUACUUUGGCUGCUGUUAGUGCUGGAGUAAUUGAAACUGGUUGGCAACCAAAUCCAUGGAACCCUCAUACGGCUACAAUUAUCCAACCUGCAACAACAAUUGUUAAGCAACCUGCAAUUAUUAAGAAAGUUGUAGAAGCAGAAUCACCAGCAAAUUAUGAAUUCAACUAUGAAGUCCAUGACACAAACACUGGAGAUAUCAAGCGUCAACACGAAAAGGCCGAGAAUGGUCACAUUUCUGGACAGUACUCAUUAGUUGAUCCAGAUGGUUUCAGACGUGUUGUAUCAUACACAGCUGAUGAUCAUCAUGGUUUCCAAGCUAAUGUACAACGUGAGCCAGUUGAUCAAAAGCUUCUUGUACAUCCACAACAAGUUGUUACUAAAGUUAUUCAACCAGCAGUCACUAAAGUCAUCCAACCUGCAACAAUUACAAAAGUUUUAUCUCCAGCACCAGCUCAUGGAUGGCAAGCAGCUCCAAGUCACGGAUGGCAAGCACCAACAGUCUUGAAAGUUCAAGCACCUUCACAUGGAUGGCAACCAAAUCCACACGCUGCUAAUCCAUGGGGUUAAACUUAAAACUAUUUUAAAUCGACAAACGCUUAAUUCUUUGUUCACUCUGCCUGCUCUUUGAAUCAUUCUGCACCGCAAUGUUCAUACACAUCAAUUCAUAUUAUAAAUACGCACAUAAAUUACACAAAUAUUAUAAGUAAACAGGGUAAAUUUAUUUUGUACAUUUUUUGUUGAUUACAAUAUUCAAGAAAAAAAAACUAAAAUGAAAACUAAGGUGAUUUUAUAUAAUUGAACAAAAAAUGUCAAUAAUGAAUUAAUAAAAAAUAUAAACAAGAAGCAUAUAUUUUUGU